AUGGGAUUUUUCCAAGGAAUCAAAGGUAAGGGAGUUUUUAUAUUAGUGAAUUUAUACACGGUUCUUUUUCUAUUUCUUAAGGGCAACGUUGUUCUUUUGGCUUUUUUGGCCUCGAUUGGCCUUACUCUUUUGAUCUUAGGCUGUGCAUUGGCUCAAUAUAAUUGGUGGCCAACAUUCGUCAUUAUAUUUUACGUUCUUUGUCCCAUACCAUUGGCCAUUGGACGUCGCUGCACAUCAGAUAGUGGCUAUGGCAUGCGUGAUUCAAGUCCAUGUGCAGAUUUAAUGUGGUUUAUAACAAGUGUCAUUGUUAUAUCUUCAUUUGGUUUACCAGCCGUCAUGUGUCGAGCAGCAGUUAUUCAUGCUGGCUCGAUGGGUUUUAUUAUGGCGGCAAAUGUAGUUAUUUUUACAACAAUUACGAUCUAUUUCAUGACAUUCGGUUCAGAUGAUAGUUUACCUAGUUUUUGA